GUUUGGCGUUGACACCAGCCAUCCAGCAGAUCCACACAGAGCAGGCUCGGCUGCUGUAUUCAGAGAGCCCAGUUCCUGUUUCCGCCGCAGCCUUUCUACUCAAUUUAGUGGAGCAACAACUCUCGGCUGCCGCUGCGCCAGACCCGGUCUCCGCAGCCCCCCCGGUCGGAUGCCGCUGGAAGCCGGUGUAUCAUGUCACGGACAGAACUCCAGUAAAGGAAUCCUGUGGGACUGGAAGGAAACAGCAAGACUCUGUGGGACAACGUGGUCAACGAGGAGCUGGGUGGAGGGGAGGAGACACCAACAGGGCCAUCAAAACACAGACAUCUGGGCACGCUAGCCAUGCUUUAGCACACGCAGCAAAGGCUGGUUGAUCGCUGGAGACACACCCGCCGCCUUUUCUUACACACUCCAGUGCCACAAAGAAACCCACACAUUCCCUCCCCAUCUGUCAUUUCCUGUACACCACCCUCGCAAAGAUGCCAAAGCCAAGGUUGGCCCUGUGGCACUUGUGGUGACGGGGCACAGAGUGUGUGUGCACAUCCGGCAGGCAGGCCGUUGGGUCGGUGGGUGUACGGGCACUCCGAGAGGCAUUUUUGGGUGGGCGAGGUUGCACCAUGCGGCCAUGGGCGGGGUCAUGGCGAUGGAUUACCCUGGUGCUGUUGGCCUGGGGCACGCUCCUCUUCUACAUCGGUGGUCACUUGGUGAGGGACAGCGAACACCCCGAGCGCUCCAGUCGGGAGCUCUCCAAGAUCCUGGCCAAGCUGGAGCGGCUUAAGCAGCAGAAUGAAGACCUGCGGCGCAUGGCCGAAUCGCUCAGGAUACCAGAGGGUCAGGCAGAAGCCGGGUCCCUCGCUGCAGGGAGACUGCACUCCCUGGAGGACCAGCUAACCAGAGCCAAACAGAAGAUCAACAGCUUCCAGAAACUCACUGGAGAUGGCCCUGGGCCCACUCAGGAGGAGCUGCGUAGGAGGGUGGAGAACGGCGUUAAGGAGUUCUGGUACUUCGUUCGCAGCGAAGUGAAGAAAUUGGCAAACGCCGAGCUCAGCGAAAGGCUGAAGUAUGCAGACACACUCCUGCAGCACCUGGGACACCAGGAGAGAUCCAUCAUGACAGACUUGUACUACCUCAGCCAGGCGGACGGAGUGGGCGAAUGGAGAAUGAAGGAGGCUAAAGACCUGUCGGAUCUGGUCCAGAACCGAAUCACCUACCUACAGAACCCCCCAGACUGCAGUAAGGCCAGGAAACUGGUGUGUAACAUCAAUAAGGGCUGUGGUUAUGGCUGCCAGCUCCACCAUGUCGUCUACUGCUUCAUGAUCGCGUAUGGCACCGAGCGCACGCUCAUCCUGGAGUCCCACAACUGGCGCUACGCCCCCGGCGGCUGGGAGACCGUCUUCCUGCCCGUCAGUAACACCUGCACUGACCGCUCCGGGGCCACCACUGGACACUGGUCGGGAGAGGCCCACGAUAAGGACGUCCAGGUUGUGGAGUUGCCGAUAGUGGACAGUCUCCACCCCCGGCCCCCCUACUUGCCCCUGGCGAUCCCUGAGGACCUGGCCCCACGCCUGCACCGCCUGCACGGCGACCCCUCCGUUUGGUGGGUGUCCCAGUUUGUCAAGUACCUGGUGCGACCGCAGACGUGGCUGGAGAACGAGAUCCAGCAGACCACUGCCAAGCUGGGCUUCAAACACCCCAUCAUCGGAGUCCACGUGAGGAGGACGGACAAAGUGGGGACGGAGGCGGCCUUCCAUCCCAUAGAGGAGUACAUGCUGCAUGUGGAGGAGCAGUUCAAAAUUCUGGCCAGACGUGUCCACAUCGACAAGAAGCGAGUUUACCUGGCCACUGACGACCCCUCCCUGCUGCAGGAAGCCAAGACCAAGUAUCCAGACUAUGAGUUCAUCAGUGAUAACUCCAUCUCGUGGUCGGCAGGCCUUCACAACCGCUACACUGAGAACUCUCUCAGAGGAGUCAUCCUGGACAUCCACUUCCUGUCUCAGACCGACUUUCUGGUCUGCACCUUCUCCUCACAGGUCUGCCGUGUGGCCUAUGAGAUUAUGCAGACGCUGCAUCCAGACGCUUCCUCCUACUUCUAUUCCUUGGAUGACAUUUACUACUUUGGAGGUCAGAACGCCCACAACCAGAUCGCCAUUUACCCCCACCAGCCGCGCGACAGCGAAGACAUUCCCCUGGAGCCCGGAGACGUGAUCGGCGUGGCCGGCAACCACUGGGACGGAUACUCCAAAGGCAUCAACCGCAAACUGGGCCGCACUGGCCUCUACCCUUCCUACAAGGUCAAAGAGAAAAUCGAGACAGUGAAGUACCCAACGUACCCCGAGGCAGACAAACUGCUCAACCCUCAAAAGAAGUAAAAGAGGAAAUGAAAAUAAAAGAAGAGAAGGAGCGAGGAUAAACACGCAGACUCCGAUUCCAGGGAAGGAGGCUGCUUUUGUACAGAAGAGAGAUGCGUACUUAGCGCGCUAAGCUAGGAAGAAAAGAAAACGCCUGUACCCAGGGGUGAUAGGAAUGCACUGUGUGUGUGUGUGUGUGUGUGUGUGUGUGUGUGUGUGUGUGUGUGUGUGUGUGUGUGUGUGUGUGUGUGUGUGUGUGUGUGUGUGUGUGUGUGUGUGUGUGUGUGUGUGUGUGUGUGUGUGUGUGUGUGUGUGUGUGUGUGUGUGUGUGUGUGUGUGUGUGUGUGCGCGCACUUGUGUAAAUGCCUGCACGUACGACAGGCUAUGGAAGACUUGCACCCUACCACUACUCCCCCUGCCCCGGAGCUCUGACUUCGGGUCUGUAGAGAUGUAGACAUGAACAUUGAUUUUAACUAAAGCAAGAAAACAAUUAAACUCUACACAACUGACCGAGCUCGCUCUUCCGAGACAAGACUGGGGCUACUGUAAGACUCGCACACCCCUGAGUGAGCUUUGAAUCAAUUACAGAAAAAAAGAUGACAAACUGGAAAAAAAAAAGUGUUUUGAUUUUUAUUUAAUUAUUUGUCAGUGGUUUAGAUUCUAAUCUUGCCUUUUUUCCUCCUGUUUUUUGUUUUUUCUUUGUUUACUGAAUGUACUGUAUCCUCUUCUUGCCAUGCUCACCGCUGACACCCCCCACCACCCCUUCACACCCCCACCCCCUCUCCUCCUGCUCCACUCACUGUGCUUCCUCCAUCUUGUCUCUACAUGUGCAAUUAAUUUUAAAAUACCAUAUUGUGCUUUUAUCGAGUGUUUUUAAACGGUCUUAAUUUUGUGCGUGUGGGGCUUGUGCAUUGUAUACUGUACAGUGUGUGUGUGUGUGUGUGCGCGUGUGUGAAUGGAUGUGCGCGUGAUUAAAGUGUGCCUGUGUGUGCUGUUUAAGUCUAACGGGCCACGUCACGACCUGGUGCCUGAUUACUCAUGAACAGUGUGUUUUUAUUUCUGGCUUUCCUCCUGACGGAGCCUGGCAGUGACAGCGGGGACUGUCCUCAGCCCCCCCAGCACUUGGAACAAUGGUGGGCUCCAGUCACGCGGCCGGGGACCUCUAGUUAACAAUGGUAAGACUAUGUGGAGGACGGUGCACUCAUGUUGCACACACACAGACACAGGAGCCGUCCCGAGGCUCACCAAAAGAAGCACUCCAUCGAGAUAAUGUCCUUUUCGGCAUCUCUGCUGUCUCUUCUGUCCAUCUAUUUGUUUUUUUUAUUACUUUUAACAUUGCUGUUUUAAAAUAAAUGAGAAAAUAUGCCUAUGUUUCGAAACAAUAAUGCUAUGUCAUAUCGCACUCAAGUCACCAUCAUUUCUUUUUCUCCAUAACUUAUGUUCUUGGGCAUUGUCUUUGAUAACCACAGAUUGAAUAAACUUGAGAAACCAACAAGG